CGAGGGUAAACAAGAUUUGAUCGUGUCAAUUAUUAAACAUUUGAAUUUGAACGAAUUUGAAAUGUCUAAACAGCAACAUUUUGCAACCAGAGAGAGAAAAUGAGGAGCUUUGUAUCCUUCAUUUGGUUGCUGUUUGCAGCAGCUUUAUCCAAUGCUGCAGAAGAUCCUAAUGAAGAGGUGAAGGAUAAAGUUAAUGACAAGGUUGAAUCAAUCAACGAGACUACCUAUCCAUAUCGUGAAAGUCUAGAUAUAACACCAUUACCAAGAAACAACUUGCUCGUAUCAUUUAAUUUUGAAUUAGAGUCUAAUUAUGUCAAUGUUUCGAAGACUCCAGGGCAUCUUCAUUAUACAACGUUCCCAAGAUCAAUUGCACCAAUCUUAGAAAAAACAAACACUAGAGAGUUACACUUGAGAUUUGGUCAAGGUUGGUGGGAUUCAGAAGAAUGGGGUGAACUUCCAUUAUCUGGACAAUACUCUGGGGGUGUUGGUGUGGAAGUGUGGUCGGUGAUAGAGGCAGCUGACAGAAAGGAAAGUUUCGAAAGUUGGAAAUAUCUGGUCAAUUCUCUAUCUGGUCUAUUCUGUGCUUCACUCAACUUCAUUGAUAGCUCAAAAACUACAUUUCCUAUUCAAUCUUUCAAGCCAAAAGGCCCUGUCACGCUGCUCAAUGAAAAAAAUGAGUUGCAUCUUUUACGUGCUGCUCUUGCGUCAGAACCUGUUUGUACAGAAAAUUUGACGCCGUUUGUUAAAUUUCUUCCAACUAGAGGGAAAUCAGGUUUAUCAUCAUUAUUAGAUGGACAUAGGGUCUUUGAAUCUGAAUGGCACAAGAUGUCAAUUGAUAUUGAAACUGAAUGUGAGGGUGAUUUAUGCAAGUACACCAUGACUCAAAAAAUAGAUGCAGUUGUUGAUGUUUCAAGAGCACUUAGAAGAAAAAAGAACCCAAUUCCAAAACCAGCUUCUGGAGAUGACCUUCGCUGUGAUUUAUCAAAGCCGUAUGAUGCAUUCCAGUGUUUUCCUCUGGGUGAUCCGACUGAUCUAACGUUUACUUUGUCAGAUUUGUUCAAUCGUCAAAUCUCUGGGGGAAAUCUUUUAUCAUCCACCUCAUCAAAAGUUUGCACUCAUGUGUCAGAUAAGUGGAAAACCUUUUUAAAGGUUGAUGGACAGCAUUUCGGGACACCAUCAAACUGCUUUGAUAUCAAUGAUUCAAGAGAUUAUGAUAUCUAUUUUCACACAGAUGAUAGUACGGAUGUUUUACAAACCCAAAAUGCUCCGAUUUUUGUUUCAAGAUCACUAACAGGUUAUGGUCAAGAUAAAGGUGGUUCACGUACUGUAUUCAAGAACCCUUCAGAUUCAACUGUUCUUUUGGUUUAUUUUGAAUCUUUACCAUGGUUUAUGAAAGUUUAUCUCCACACUUUGUCGGUAAAUGGAGCGGAAAUGAAAGAGGUUAUCAAGUCUAUUUAUUAUUCGCCAGAGGUUGACCGUGAAAGGCCAUCUCAAAUUGAGUUUGAAUUACUGAUUCCACCGAAUUCUAACAUAGCCUUGUCUUAUGCAUUUGAUAAAUCACUUCUUUUAUACUCGGAGUAUCCCCCAGAUGCAAAUCACGGGUUUUCAGUUGAACCUGGUGUGGUCAAUGUUUUAGAACCAACCAUUUACUCAUUGAGAACAUCUUCUGCACUUUUAACGCUUCCAACUCCUGACUUUAGUAUGCCAUAUAAUGUUAUUAUACUCACAUCCACCAUCAUGGCAUUGGCGUUUGGUACUUUAUUUAAUUUAUUGGUGAAGAGAGUGGUUACAGAAAAAGAAGCAGAGUUAAUAAUAGAGGAAACGGGACCAAAGGCUGUAAUUCAAAAGUUCAAACAAAGAAUUCGUUUAUCUUUGAAAUCAAAAAGCCCCUCAGAUCAAUUGGAUAACUAA